UUGGAGCAGCCAUUUGAUUCAGCGAUACAACCUGGCGGUAGGAAAGGUGAUCGCGAUCGUUGAAAAUACUGUCCUUGGACGUUGGGUUGUUCUGAUGGGAAUUUGAUUGUGCCUAGCGCCAGGACACAGCCAUGCUUGGCCACAAGGGCGCUUUGCUCCCAUCUGGUAUGAUGCCUGGUGGGUUGCCAGUGUUUAGCCAUCCAAGAUCGCGCUGCACUCUCGCCUCAAGACCCCAGAGGAGGCCGGUAUGUGUCAGAUCCGAGGUUAGCGCACCAAAAGGUGGGGGGAACAGCGGGGAAAACAGGCGCAGGAAGCCGUGGAGGAAAAGGUCGAAAGACGCUGCUUCCAAAAAGGAUAAGGAAACGCCAGCAGCUGCGUCGCAGCAAGAUAAGCAGCCAAAGGGGGAGGUCAGCACGAAGAGCGAGGCGCGCUCCAGCAUAGACAAGGGUCCAGGUGGUGAGGACGGCGCGGACACCUCCUUUGUAGAUGACUUCAAUCCGGUCGUGCUCGGCCGGAAAUCCAGGCAGAUGCUGAACAAUGUGUGGAAGCAGUUCACAAAGCUGGGAUCGCCGGUGACGUCCAACCUGUACCUGGACAGCGAGUUGUCGGGGCCAAUUGUGGAAGUGGGCGAGUUUGAGACCCCCCAGGCCGCCAACACCACCGUCCUCGUCACCGGCGCCACCGGCAGGGUGGGGCGGGUGCUGGUGAGGAAGCUGGUGCUGCGUGGCUACAAGGUGACGGUGCUGGCGCGCAACCGGGAGGAGGUCGCUCAGAGCCUGCCCUCCUCUGUGCGCAUUGUGGAGGGUGACAUCACUGACGUGCAGGCCUGCCGGACAGCCAUCGCCUACGCCGACAAGGUGGUGUACUGUGCGCGGGCGCGGACGUCGUCCAUAGAGGAUGUGAAGGCGGUGGAGGAGGAUGGGGUUAUUAGGCUGGCAGUGGAGCUGCAGGACAUGCGGCAGAGACGGGCGGCCAGGCGGAAGGGUCGCAACCCGACCGGGAAGCUGAAGCUGGCAGAGGCGCGCAAUUUUGCGGCGGACUGGGCGGUUGAGCGGCGGGGGGACGAAGCGGGGGGCGACGAAGAGGAGGGGGGGUACUCGUCAUCGCUGAUGAAGAGCAAGCGCUCCAAGUUCACAAAGGCCGUCAAAGACGAGGUCUCCACGAGCGUUAACUCCCGCAAAAACCUCAUCUUUGAAGGCACGGUGAACACAAAGGGAGGCACUGCGCAGGUGGGAACUCCCCUGGACGUGGGCGCCAGCCUGGGAGACUGCGAGGGUAUCUACCUGCGCGCAUGCGGGGACGGGCAGCAGUACGUGGUGCAGCUGACGCAGGAGGGCGGGGAGGCGUACACGGCGCGCAUAAAUACGGGGAUGAAAUUCAUGAACUUUCGGCUGCCCUUCUCCGCCUUCCGCUACAACUCUGGCGGCGACGGUCCCGCGCCCAUCGACCCCGCCAAAAUCACCCGCCUCUCCGUCCGGUUUGAGAACAAGAAGAGCAUGCCCCCGGUGAUGAAGCCGGGCAACGAGUGGCUGCCCCUCUUCUCAGACUCCUUCGCCAAGAGCUUCAAACUGGAGAUUGACCGCGUCAAGGCGCUGCCGGGAGGCGAAGAGACGGACUUCAUCCUGGUCAGCUGCGCGGGCGCGGUGGCCGCGGCGUCCUCCGGCGGUGAGGAACCGUCGGCGUCGGGAGCGGCAAUGCUGUCGCACAAGCGGCGCGGGGAAGCUGCACUGCGACUGAGCGGGCUGGGCUACACCAUCGUGCGCCCGGGACCCCUCCUUGAGGAGCCGGGCGGCUACAAGGCGCUCGUCUUCGACCAGGCGUGCAUUGGUGAGCGCAUCAGCCAGGGCAUAAGCUGCGCGGACGUGGCGGACGUGUGCCUCAAGGCGCUGCACGACGCGGCCGCGCGCAACAAGACGUUCGAGGUCUGCCACGAGUACACGCCCGAGCGCGGCCUGCAGCAGUACGAGCUCGUCGCCCACCUCCCAGACAAGGCCAACAAUUACCUCGGCCCAGCCUUGGCUGUGCUCGAGAAGAACACCUGA